AUGGCAUCUCAUUUGGCGAACAUCUUCGGAACUGAGCAGGAUCGUGUGAAUUGCUCGUUUUACUACAAGAUUGGUGCAUGCCGGCACGGCGACCGUUGCUCGCGGAAGCACAUCAAACCCGCAUUUUCACAGACCAUUCUCCUUCCAAACGUAUACCAUAAUCCGGCGCACGACCCUGUCUGUAAGCUGACCGAAAAGGAGUUGCAAGAGGGCUUCGACGCGGUGUACGAGGACCUUUACUGCGAGUUGGCGAAGUUUGGACACUUGCUGGAGCUUCACGUAUGUGACAAUGUCGGGGAUCAUCUCAUCGGUAAUGUGUAUGCCCGGUAUGAGUGGGAGACAGAAGCACAGGCUGCAGUUGACAAUCUGAAUGAUCGUUGGUAUGCUGGCCGACCACUGUACGCAGAGUUAUCACCUGUCACAGACUUUCGCGAAGCCUGUUGCCGCCAAAACGAGAACGGCGAAUGCAACCGUGGCGGUUUUUGCAACUUCAUGCAUCUGCGGCUGGCGUCCAAGGAACUAGUGUCUUCUCUGCGCCAUGGCCAACGUCUGGAGCGGAGACUGCACCCUCCAAAGGUCGAGAACGCUGGAGGCUGGGAACCGACACGGAGAGACGGUGGCCGUGGACGCAGUGCGAGUCCGUCGAAGCGAGGACGGAACGAUGGUGAGGACAGGUGGACACGGAAGUGA